AUGUGGGAGUUUAUGGUCCUUUUAAAAACCACCUUAAUCGAGCACAGACAGCCUGGAUGUAUAAUCAUCCAGGAAAAGCAAGAAGCUCGAAAACAAUCCAUCCAUACUCGUCGUAAACGCAAAUCCGCUGUGUUAACCGACACGCCUGAAAAAGACUCAUUAAAAAAAGAGUAUGAAGAAAAACUGGCCAAGACCAAAAAAACGUGUGACAAAAAUAAAGGAAAAGGCAAAGGAAAAGGUAAAGGACAGUCCUCGAAAAUGAGCGAAGAAGGUAAAGAUAAGGUAAAGAAAAAAAAAUUGGUUUCCGACUCGGAUUCCGAUACUGAUGAAUGGUUUUGUUUAGUGUUUAGCGAAAGUUACAGCACCUCGAAAAAAGAAGUUUGGGUAGAAUGCUUAGAAUGCAAAAUGUGGGUCCAUGUCAAAUGUGUAACGGGAAACGUUCACUCAUUCAUUUGCAUUAAUUGCAAUUGUGAUGAAGGC